AAAGAAUUGGAUUUAUUGAGGUUUAUGCAUGAGAUUGCCAAGGGUAUGGAAUAUCUGCAUGGUCAGGGAGUUUUACAUGGAGAUCUAAAGGCAAGUUUUGCUUCUAAUGUUCUUGUCGACGACAAGAUUCAUUGUGUUAUUUCAGAUUUCGGGCAAAGUGAAAUGAGAUCAGAGGCAUAUAGAAUUAACGGUACUCUUCGCUGGCAGGCACCUGAAAUUUUUGCUGGAUCUAGUCAGCUCACUGUCGAAAUGGAUGUCUACGCAUUCGCAAUUUGCUGUACAGAAGUCUUGUCGCUUGCACGUAUGCCGUGGCCUUUAUAUGAUGACAAUCAAGUUCAGAAUCAUAUAAUGGCCAACCAACGUCCUGAAGUCCCUCCAACAUGUUUUACAUCUCCCGAUCUCAUUGACCUCAUUCGAUUGUGCUGGGCAACGAAUCCUCUGAAUCGACCUCUGUUCUCAGAGGUGGCCUCUGAACUGAAGGCCCUCAGGAAGAAGUCU